AUGCCCUUGGUUACUGUUGUGGCCGUAUCUUCAGAGAAGACAUCUAUGCCCAUCUGUUAUGGUCUGCUCAAUAACGAGCAAGGUGCCAGUUUUGAGUGGUUUCUCAAGCAGGUAUCUAGAUUCCAACGAGCAGGCAUUAUUAGUUCCCCAGAGGUCAUUAUCACAGAUAAGGAUGAUCAAUUGCGUAAUGCAAUCCGGCAAUUCUUUCCCAAUACGCAACUUCAGCUGUGUGUCUUCCAUAUCAAUAGCAACGUGGUCCUAUACAUUAAGAAGUGGUGGAAGAAAACCAACGACUCAGAGGAGUCUAAUCUGGAUGAUAAUCAAAACAAUUCAGACGCGGCUGAUAUCCAAGAGCUGGAGCGUGGGAAUAUGAAGGUCAAAAACAUGAAGGAUGCAAAGUUUGGUCCUCUUCCUGCACGAGUGUUACAAACUCGUGCUGGUCUAUAUCUCCUCUGGAGAUAUAUGGUGUAUAGCAGAUCUGAAGAAGAAUUUACUCAAGCUUGGAGACAACUCCAAGAAACCUUUUCACACCAGAAACGAAUUCUCAAAUAUCUCAAGGAUACAUACUUGCCCUUGAAGAAAGAAUGGGCUUGCUGCUACACUCGCUAUUACCGAAAUUUUGGAUUGAUUACUACCGCGCCCGCCGAAUCAAACCAUCAUUCUCUAAAGACCUACCAACUAUCCCUUCGGUCUGACCUACCAGAUGUUGAAGCAGCAACUGCUAGUCAAACGGACGAUAAGCGUCAGCUGUACAAAGAUAAAAUACAGCGGGCAAAUGCCACAAUUCGGAACCAGUUCUCGGGAAGAGAAUGGCUUGGCCAGCUACCCUUAAAUGUCACUCGGUGGGCACUAGAUCAACUGGACGAGAUCCAUAGGCUUAUGGAAUCAAGCCAAGCACCCAAGAAGAUGCCGCCACCUUGCACAGGCUCCACGAAAGCACAAUAUGGCUUGCCUUGUGCCCACAGACUCUUGGAGUUAGCUAGUCAAGAUGAGCCACUGAAGAAGGAAGACUUGGAUCCAUUUUGGCAUAUCAAACCAUCGCGGGAAAUUCACGAUCCUCUUCUUCAAAUACAACGUCCUCCAAUGGGAGUACCUAAGAGUCGGCCACGAAACAACGAGCCAUUUGGCAACGAACGCGCAAUCCCAGAACAACCACUUGCUCCUCAAGGCUCCACACGAAGUGGUGUCCAGAGCUCAGCGCGUCGAAAUUACUGUCAAUUCGAACUGGGACCAACUCUUGACGAGGAAGAUGCAGCAGACUCACCAGACCAACAACCACGACGUAAAAAGGAGAAAGACUGCCGUUUCAGUAACAACUCGAGUUACCCGUCAGAAGGCAAAGACUCAGAAACAAGGGUAUAUCACAACUGA